AAAUGGAAUUUUCUUUGUUUUACUGAAUUUAGGAAUAGGAACUGUCAUUCAUUCCCUUCUGGUUUAUUUUCGUCAUUUGGUUAGUUCAUUAUUUUUUCAUAAACAUUCUGAUGAUAUUUCCUAAAUUUUAGGUAACCGUGAGUUAGAUUUAAUUAAUUAAAUUUAUGUGACUUAUACACAUGUGUUCUAUAUAUAAUUUUAAAGUUAUCAGAAAUAAAAUUUGUUGUAUUAUUAAAGAAACUGCGUUUUUAAAAGUUUUAUAUUUUUCUGGGCCAAAGUCAAGAAUGUGUAGACAGUAAGUGGCCUCUUUGUAUAAAAAUUAGACGUAGAAAUAUUUUUAAGUGUUUCAAAGAGUCGUAUGAAAAUGACUCACUUUAGACGUGAUAUUACGUAUAGUGCAUUAAACAACGAAUUAGUUCCACCAUUAGCAACAUCAGCUGAAAAUUCAAAUGCUUCUCCUACUGUGAUAUCUCUAGAUCCCGAACAUGAUGACUCCACCAAUGUUAUAAUUCACAAAGUACCACAAACUAAGGGAGGAUGGAAUCACAUACACAAUUUAGACUCCUUUUUUACAAGGAUGUACAGAUAUUAUGUACGAGGUGGUUUCUAUCCAAUGAUUAUGUCAGAUUUCUUUUAUUUGAUACAAUUUAUAUUUAUUGUAUGGUUUUCCACAUUUUUGGUAUAUUGUGUAGAUUAUCCAAAAUUAUUUAGGAAUGAUCCUAAUGCAAACAGGAGUGAGAAACUUAGUUUAAGUGAUGUCAUACUGCCAACUUCAGAGUGUGUAAGCUGUAUAUCAUGGGAGUGGUGGUGUCUCAUAGUACUGUGUUCUAUUAUUUGGCUUAUGAGGCUUUUUAUAUCAAUGUAUCAUUUAUAUUAUGCUUAUGAUACAAAAUUAUUUUAUAAUAAUGCUUUAAGGAUAAAUGAGAAUGACUUAGCCUGGGUGAAUUGGACUACAAUUCAAGAUAGAGUCAGGGAAGCCCAGUCUGAACACCACAUGUGUGUUCAUAAACAGGAAAUAAAUGAGUUGGACAUUUAUCAUAGAAUACUCAGAUUUAAUAAUUAUAUGGUGGCAAUGGUUAACAAGAAUUUAUUACCUCUGCAAAUACAUGUGCCUUGUGUUGGAGAUUUCCAUUAUUUAUCAAGAGGUCUUAAGUGGAAUUUGGAGUUUCUUUUAUUUUCUAGUCCAUGGAGUCCUUGGGAGAAUUGCUGGCAGCUACGCUCAAACUACAAGGAUCCAACCAAACGUAUGAUGCUCGCUCGACAGUUGGAAAGGCAGAUCAUGUUACUCGCGCUGGUCAAUCUCGUACUCGCACCGCUGAUACAGGCCUGGCAGAUAUUGUACUUCUUCUUUAAUUAUGCGGAGUUAAUAAAAAGAUCACCAGGAUCGUUAGGACUCCGCACAUGGUCUCUGUACGCAAGGAUAACGUUGCGGCAUUUCAACGAAUUGGAACACGAACUACGGGACCGGUUGAAUCGUGCCCACAAACCUGCUACUAAAUAUCUGGCCAGUUUUAGUUCACCUAUAACCACGGUUAUUGCUAAGAAUAUCGUGUUCUUAUCGGCGAGUGUUCUGGGUGUGUUGGUGGUGCUCUCGGUGUAUGAUGAAGAUGUCCUGACGGUAGAACAUGUGCUCAGUAUUAUCACUAUACUGGGCUGCAUACUUGCUGGAGCUAGGGCGCUAAUAGGAGACGAGGACCACUUGGGCGGUGGUUGUACGGGCCCGGCGCGAGGCGAGGAACUGUUCGUGCAAGUGCUCGGGCACGUGCACUACUUGCCCGCCGCGUGGCGAGGCCGCGCGCACACCAAGGACGUGGCCGCGCACUUCCAGCAGCUGUUCCAGUUCCGAGCGGUAUACAUAAUAUUCGAGCUACUGAGUCCACUAUUAUGUCCUCUGGUCUUGUUCUCACUCCGCACUCGAGCGCUAGAUAUCGUGGACUUCUAUCGGAAUUUCACCGUCACCGUGCUCGGUAUUGGCGAUGUGUGCUCUUUCGCUCAGCUUGAUAUAAGACGUCAUGGUCACCCAGAUUGGCAGACUCCAUUGAAGUACGACAAACUGAAGGCUGGCAACACUCAAUAUAACCAAGGCGAGGGUGGCAAGACGGAACUAUCAUUGGUCGCGUUCUCAUGUAGACACCCGGGAUGGCAACCCGCUGAACCGGCGCAAAGACAAUUCUUACGGUCGCUGAGACAGAGCAUGCAUCAUGCUAUACCGAGCAAUAAUGGAUUGAAUAGGACAAUGUUGGGAUCAUACAUACAACAGAGUAUAUUUGGCGUGAACACACCUCUACCAGCUGUUCUCUCGUACUACCAGCAACAUAAGACCCAGUACAGAUUACCGGAUAUGGACGAGACGAGCGACGAGGAGGAGGGCUUGUCGCGCGCGUCGGUGGCGGGCGCGGGGUCGGCGCUCGGCGCCAGCGCGCUCGGGCUGGAGCCGGCCGCCGAGCCGCCGCCCCACGAGACGCGCGACAUGUCCGUCAGCGCGCUGCACCUGUACGACCUGCACCUGUCGCAGGGUGGCGGGAACGUGUCCUGCUGCACGAACAACUGCAGCGAACGGCGGUCGCGCUACGUGAGCGGCGAGCAAACUCCUCUACUGCGCCCAUAACGAUGGUGUUUAUCGCCCCUCGAUAGACCGGUCUGGGUCUAGCCCUGGGUAUAACGUGCCGCUGUCUAGUGUCGGUCGGGAAUGUACGGAUUGUGGGUGAAGGAAGCUGUUCACCUGCUGAGAAAUAUAGAUAGAACACAUAACAGAUAGGACAAGGUAUAAGACUUGGGAUGGCUUUUUGCAGCAGUUUGUUUUAUUGUGCCUUAUUCGGGACGGUUUGUCAAAGGUGUGCAUAGAAAUAUGUUGAGUAGUAUGCUCAUUGCAAUAAAAACAUGUAAUGGUUACAUUUCGUUUGCAAUAAAUAUGUAACUAUUACAUAAGUACUAUCUUUUAUGUGUAUGUCUUGUGUAUACUAUGGAAAUGGAAUGCAAUAACUGAUAAAUUUUCGUAGUAUGCACUCAGUAAUGUGUGGACAGCUUCCAAAACCAAAGUAAAGGUGCCGUAAUAUUUAAUGGAGCAAUCAUAUUUCCAAAAAUAAUCCGAUUUAAUUUAGUUUUAAUGUAAUUUUAUUUUUAUUUUUAUAAAUUAAGGAGCUAAAGAUACCAUCAACAAUGUCAAUUGUGUUCAUUCAUUGUAAUUGAAGAAAAAGUUAAAUUAGGUUUAAUUGUUAUAUUAUUUUCGAGGAUUACUGUUCACAAGUGUCGUGAAAAUUACUUGGAAAAAAUGUUAAGUGCCUAAAUAUAAUUGCAAUAGCGUUAUGAAAUUGGAAAUGGAUAUAUAACUUUUAUUAUAUUGUUGGUUAACUCUCGUGAACAGUAAUCCUUAUUUUUACUUAUAAUUUUAUAUUAUUUUUAAGAUACAUACACUUAUUUCAGAUGUUUAUUAAAAUUAUAUCAAGUAUUAGUACAUAUAAAGUUGUAUAGUUGGAAAUUGAAACUUAAAUAAAAGACAAAAAAAAGGUUUUGGUGUAAGGUCGGUUAGGUGUGAAUAGACAGUUAACGUGCGCACUUUAAUAUAUCCAGGGUUUGCCAUUCAUUGACACAUAUUUUAUAAAGCUGUACAUUCAUGGUGUUUUCAUGGAAUAAGAAAUACUUGCUCUUUCUAAUAUAAAAAUGUUGUCAAUGAAAAGCUCACGAGGGGCUCCUUGUUCAUAAUUAAAUAUGUAAUGAAUGUAACUGACAAAUAUUUUUUCUGAUUUCUUAAUAAAAGUGAUUCAAUUUCUGAAUUACCAAUGAGGUAAUGCAAAAUCGAAUCGCGUAUUACAUAAUAUAAUAAUCAGAAACAAAAUUAGUCAACCAAUAAUUAGUUUAACGUAUAAAUUUAAGUAGUAUCACGUCUAAAGCAGUCAUUUGUAUUAACGCACAUAAGUUUUUUAUCAUAAAAACGUAUAGUGAGCGAUUUUGUAAAUAUUUACGAUAAUAUUUUGUAUAGAGUUUUUAAAUUUCUAAUAUCUAAGAUACUUUAAAAAAAUAUUUUUAGCCGUUCAUCAGCCUUUUUAACGGUUUGUUUUUAAUGUAAGUGUGUAAAUCGUCUAGUGAUUGCUAAAUUGUAAAAUUGCAUCGAAACUUAUAUUUUUGCCGCAAAUUUUAAAUUCUAUUCAUCCGUCUAAUAUUUACAUUAUACCGAUUUUAAUCUCUUAUUAAAUUGCGGAAGCAAUAAGCUCUAAGUAAAGCUCUAUUAAUUAAUAAUUGUUUAAUACACAUGCGAGUGACGUUGGGUACAAAUAAAAGCUACCGUGUACCAAAUACCAAUAUGUAACGCAACGCCUUCAUACCUUCAAAUUAAACAAAAUAUCAAAAUUAAUCAAGUUUAAUAAAAUAAUUGCAUUGGUAUUCUCAGAUUGUUAAAAAAAAACAAAAGAAAAAUAAUAAUUCGUCAUUAUCUCGUUAGUAAUACAAUUUUUCAAAUGCUCAAGCAAACAUGGCUUCUACAGUCAUCAUAAGUGAUAUAGCGGUCGGUGAAGUCACAUGUUGCUUUCUUUAAUACAUCGAAAGAAGAACUUUCUACAAAAUAUAUGCGGGUCAUAUAUGUCAUAUAAACAAUAUUGGAUAUGGUACUUAUAUAAUACCAUAUGCACAUUUACGUGUCAAAGAUAAAGUAGUGCAUGAAUGGCCGCCUUACAACUGUUUUAAGCCUCAUAAUAUUAACAAUAGCUUGCAAUAAUGUUACGUAACAUAAAAAUUAUUUACAAAGAACGGUAAAAGGCGUGGAGCGGUACAGUGUGUAGGUUGACCUUAAAUAUUUUCGGAAGUAAUAAUUUAUAAUUUAUGAAAAUAUAUUAGCUCGUUAUAAUCUCGAUUAUUGAGGCGAGCGAUCUGCUAAUAUUUUGUCAUAAUUAAUCAGUUUGACAUUUACAAAUUUUAGUAUUGCAAUAAUAUCAUGUGUGACCGGUUUUAGGCAAAUAUAAUAAUAAAUAUGCAAAUAAUUUUAGCUCGCACCUAAAUAUAGGCCUCAAAUAUUGCUGCCAUUUACUUCAGCACUAUAUCACUUACAAUAGCAAUAAUCAGCAAUAAAUAAACCAAAACCCCCAGCAAUAAUAAAACUAAAAAUACACAAUCUUAUUCCAUGUACAUAUAUCCAAAAAAAUUUUAAUCCACGGUCGUGUUAAAUUUUAAUACUAAUAACUCUUUCACAUCUGAUUAUACGUAUAAGUAUGCGAUAUAAAUAUUUCUACAAAAUAAUAAACCGGUUCUGCACGAAAAAAAUUACAUCAGCCGUAAUAAAAUUAAUUGGACUCUUAUUAAUUAGUGACAAAACGAAAACCUGCUCUAGCCUUCAUAGGAUAUUUAGGAUUAUAUUUUCUCAAUAUUUUUAAAUUUUUAACACGUCAUGGUGACAUUUGCAAAUUCGUAGUAUUUUUAUAAAGUUUAUUGAUAUAUUUGAAAUUUACAGUUUGAUCUGAAAUAAAUAAAAAGUAGUGAGAGUAGUAAUAACAAGUUUGAUAAAAUAGAGCUACCUCAUUGACGUUUUAAUCGUCUUCUUUGUUUCAAAAUUUAUGAACGACUUGUUCAUAAUAGAAUCGAUACAUCUACAAUUAUGAUCUAAGGGCAAUACAUUAUGCAAUAUAAUAUACAAUAUACAUAAAAGUAAAAAUAGAAAGAAAUUACUACAGAAACUUCGUAUGAAAGUGCGUAUAAAUAAUAUGCGAAUCUCUUAACACACAGAUUUUCACGUUAUGAUAUUUAACAGUUUAGAUGUUUUGCAAUCAAUAAUUUUGUGUAUUCCAUGCUUAUUUUUCACCAGUGCUUUUUGAGAUGGAUGGAUUAAAUUAUAUAAAUUCUAAUAGUACAAUCAAAACGAAGAAAUUAGAAUAAUCUGUACUCGGUAUAAUGUAUAGAUUUUCAUGCUACAGUAGUUCUCGUUAGUAUUGCUAGACUCUAGAUUAAGUACGGAAUUGAUUAUAUUUUAUACGUAGACACAAUAAAAAACAAUCUACGUCCCUGUUUUAAUGAUUCAAUAAACUUCUAUUUCUGUAUUAAUAAUUAUUUAAAUGCUUUGCGGAAAUUAAAGAACUGUAUAACAUCUAGGAAUGGAGGGAACCAUCCCUUCAGGGGUUUAUGAAGAAACUACAGUCGUAGUAAAAUGUUGGAUGAUAAAUAUAAAAUACUAGAUAAUUAGAUUAUACAUAUAUAUUAUAUUUUUUGUCAAUAUAACGCGAUUUUAGUGUAGUUGUAAACCUGCGGUACAAUCUUGAGAAAUUCACUAGGAUAAGCUGUUAUGAUAGGUAUUUUUUUUUGAUAUUUUAAUAAUCGAAAAAAUAAGCAAGCAUAAUUGAAUUAAUUCGUUAUGCCUAUAAAAAUCUUAUGAAAAAAAAAAAUAUAAUUAGGUUACGAUAACCGAUUAGUGAGAGUAAUUGGUAAUAAUCUUGUAAUGUUAUCUUAUAUAUCAUUGUUAAUAUAUAUUUGUGAUAAUAUUAAAAGUGAAUUAAAAUAUAUACUUUAUCUCAUAGCGACUAAUUAUAUUUAUUCUGUUAUAUUUAAUAAUUAUUCAACUUAUUAGAAUACUUAUAUAUCUUAGUCACUGAAAGCAAUCGUGUCUAAAAUAUAAUAUGCAGACCUGUGAAAGUGUGAGUUUGGAUCACACACAAACACACACAUGCGCAUGACACAAACACACAUAUUAUUGGCAUACGAACUUAAAAUUACCUUUAUUUUGUCAAAAGGUUGUGUUUCAAACUCCUUAGUUGUUUUAGUUUAAUUUAUACACAAAUUAGAGGUUUAUUUAUAUUCUAUCAAUACUUUUUCUCAAUCAGCUUUGGAUUUGUCAGUCGAUCGAUGGUAUUUUUUU